AUGGAGGACAAUUUGAAAAAAUGGAAAUGUUGUGAACAGCCUAAUCAUCCAAGUUGUUCUAUAUUACCAUCGAGAACAAAAGCUAUUGAAACUAUGCUAAGAGAUCCACAAACUGAUAUUAGUUUAGUAUUUGCUUAUCUAUGGUGCACAAAAGUAUGGGCAAAUUUUCAUAAAUUUAAUACUACACAACAAAGAGAUUUUCUCGAGGAUAUAGAAACAGGUUGUCCAAAUCCAUGUUUUGGAAAUCCAUGUAAAAAUACUCAAGGUGUGAAGAAUCAUAUUUGUCAUGUUACAGGAACUUUUGAGAAUGAAUAUAAAUGUCAUUGUAAAGAAGAAAUGAUUUGGGAUAAAAAUUUAAAAAUAUGUCUUCCAAUAAAUCCAUGUGAUAGAAAAAGAUUUCAAAUGUGUAUACCUGAAAAUACACUUCAAUGUAUUGCUUAUAAUAGUUCUAAAUAUGAAUGUAUUUGUAAAUCAAACUAUAUGGGAAUUGAUUGUUCACUAUUACGUGAUGCAUGUUAUGAACGAGUGAAUAAAUCACAGCCCAACGGAAAUUUUAACUGUCAAAUUCAUCUAGGAAAUAUAUGUCAACCUAUUUUAGGAACAGAUUAUUAUCAAUGUAUAUGUUUAGAAAGCUAUCAACCUUUAUUGUAUACCUCUGAACCCAAUUGUUUUGGAAGAAUCAAUCCUUGCCACACAAUACAUGUAACUGAUUUAUUGAUAAAUUCAAGUUUAAGUGAUAAAAAUAAAAAUUUCCAAAUGAUUUCAAAUGUAAAUCAAAAUAUUCAUCCUGGUACUGUUAUACAUUGGGGUUUAACUUGUCUUAAUGGUGGUCAAUGUGUUGCUUCAGAAGAUUUCACACAUGCUAUUUGUGUUUGUCCUACUGCUUCAGACGGUUCAUUAUUAUAUACUGGAUUGAACUGUGAGUAUUCCGUUGGAGUUUGGUCAUCUUGGACACUGCCUUCACCGUGUUUUCCAGAAGAAUGCGGUUUGUCACGUUAUCGUUGGAGAAGGAGACAAUGUUUGAACAAUACUGUCCAUGAUAAUAUGAUUUUCCAUUCUUCCGAUUCGUUAGCUAAAUUAAAUGGAAUUGAUACCUUAAAGAGAAGAAUGCCACUUCCUUGUCCAGGAAUUUCAGAAGAAAUUUUACCGUGUCCCCCACUAGAACCAUGUUUUCAAUCACAAUUCUCAAGUUAUAUGAUGAAAGAAUUUUUCAGUUAUGAAACACUAUAUUACUUUACAUAUACUACAAUUUUUAUAGUAAUAUUUAGUUGUUUAAUAUGGCAUGUUUUCAGUCCACCACGUGUCAGGUAAUAAAAAUGAAAAAUUUCCCUAAUGGUCUGUACAUUAUUAUCGAUAA